GUAAAAAAUUGUAAAUAUUAUUAACUCAAUAAUAAAUAAAUUACUCUAGGGUAGCUGUGCUUAUAUAGUUUACUAAAAAUAACCUAGGUCUCCUAUCUUCCCUUUAAAAAUGGAAAUCAACAACCGUAAUAAUGAGGCAAAAACAACAAUGCAUAAAAAUCCCUUCAACUUACGAAGUCUCCGGCUAUCUCUGAAGUUCAGACCCAAAAUAUUUAAAUUAGUGUUAAAAAUGAGGCACAAAAUAAGGAAAAAAACACGGCUUAUCAAAGUGAUGAGCCAACAAUUGAAAAAUCAGCCACAUUCCACAACCACGAGCACACAGACUGAAAAUGACAACAUCCAAGACUUUGUUUCAAUCAAUAAUAAUUCUGACUGCAAACAAGUUGACAACAAGGAACACCAGAAUGCCUUUACACAAACGGACCCACUACAAACAGAUAAUUUAGAACAUAAAAUAAAUGAAAAUCAAGAUAAAAAAGAUGGAGUAAAUUCCGUUACAGAAAAUUCUUAUGUUACCAGUGAUAAAAAUAGUGGUUGGAGUUUGAAUAGUGAAGAGAAUAAGAAGAGUAUAGCUGAGCAGGUGAAAGAAGCAGCGCAGAGUGCCAUGCAGCAGUCUGGGAUGGUGUUUGUGGAGUCCGCAGGAAUGUACUAUGAUUAUAAGACUGGGUAUUAUUAUAGUGCCGACCUUGGUCUAUAUUACCAUCCUGACACAGGAUGCUACUAUCACUACUCAGAAGAUAAACAAACUUUUGAAUUCCACUCAUACCCUGACCAAAGUAAGACUGUCACAAACCUUGAAUAUGAAGCCCAUGAGAAGAGAAAGGCACGGAAACUCAAGAAGGCAAGACAACGCGAAGAAGCCGAGAUUGAUAACCUGACGAAAAAUCUAUCCCAGGGGACAGAAGAAGAAGGAAGCAAAGCCAAGCGAAGAAAGAAGAAUAAGAAGGUUUUAAAUAGAGACAGUGAUACCAAAGAAUCCGAAAAUAAAGCGAAUGAAGAUGCAGAUGAAAAUGCAAUUGAUAAAGAAAAAGAAUUGCCUGAGAAAGGUGACAUAUUUGAUGAUGCUGAUAUGAAAGAAAAUGAAGAAAAGAAGACAGAGGAUACUCAAGUUCUAGAAGAGGGAGAAUGCAGCGCUUCCGAGGAUGAAAAAGAGGACAACAAGGAGGAGGAAGAAGUUGAAUCUGAUGAUAGUGAUGAUUCAGAUGGUAGCAUGUCUACUAUUAGCAAUGAUGAUGAUUCGAUCGCUAAGCAUCACCCGCCGUCCAUGCGCGUGAUCGUGCGAGAGACGAACCUGCCCAAACUGAAGGUUGGAACGUUGUUCUUGGUGACCAAAGAUGGCGGCACUGUUGGCAGAGAGGGCAGCACUCAUACCAUCCUUAUAGAAGACUACAAUGUUUCGAGGAAUCACCUGGACAUUAAAUACGACAUGAGCAAAAGGACGUACACAGUUACAGAUCUGGGAUCUAAGAAUGGAACUACGCUCAACGGCGUGAGGAUUUCAGAGAGCCAAAUUGUUAGCGAGCCAGUUGAAGUAAUGCAUGGGAGUACUCUACAACUGGGUGAAACCAAAUUGCUGUGCCACAUACACCCUGGUAUCGAUACUUGUGGGCAUUGCGAACCCGGUCUCGUCAUGGAAACCCAAGAAAAAGAGAAAAAAGCCGCUUACACUCGAACGUGUAGCGUUCAGAAACAGCACCAGUUGGAACUAGCACGGCUUAAGAACAAAUACGCACCCAAGCCUUUAGCUAUAGAAGAAACUGCCUACAACGAUAGGGCGAAGGAGAGGAGAGACAAAGUGGGAUCCUCGCAUCAUUCCGAGAAAACGCAGAGAGCCGAUUUGGAUACGUUUAUCGCUCCCGAAAACAAAGGCUUCAAAUUACUGCAGAAGAUGGGAUGGUCGAAGGGCGAGGGGCUCGGGAAGGACAGCCAAGGAGACACCGAGCCGAUUCCCCUGGUUGAUAACGAUGGUACAUCUGGCCUGGGCACGGGUGCCGCCGCUGUGCCUUCUCUAGUUCCGAAGUUUGUUCCUAAAAACCUCCUUGGUACUUCUACAAUGAGGCUGGCUGCCAAGACAAAAAUGCUUCAACCUCCCGCUAAAGCGUUUCAAGACCCAGAGGAAGAUGACUCCGGUGAUGAAUAACUUAUUAUUGGUGCUCCUUUAAAAAGUGGUUGCCGUCAAACAAAUUUCAAUACAAAUACAAUGCCAUUAAAUCCAGUAUUGAACUGGUCUAUGCCUGUUUGUGGAUUUUUGUCAAAGUAACUAAGUGCCACUCCACACUAGCGUCUUUUGAGCAUCGGCGUCUAGUCAGCGUUAUGGAAAAUGACGUCGCUGCGCAGUGAGGGCUAUCGUUUUUUUGCUCACUAGUUGGCGCCUCUGUUGAUGGUGGUCCAAAAGACUAAAGAACAGCUGUCAGUCAUUGAAGUGACAAGUGACAUUUGACAUUUCGAACUAUGGAAAAGACUACUAUCUACACUAGCGCCCCUAGCGGCGAAUUCAUACGCGUUAGCCCUCGUUGCGCCGAUGUUGCGCCGGGCCGCUGCCAUAGAGUUGACUAGACGCCAACGCUCGGGAGACGCUAGUGUGGGGUGGCCCUAACACACAAACGUGAUAUCGAUUUUAUACUACAGGUUUUAUGCUACAUAAUUGUACUAUAAAAUGUUAACACGUUACGGUACGUUACGUAUACUAAUUAAACAGUUAAGUAUAGGUACUUAUAUGCUGUAAAAAUGUAAUUAAGUAUUUAUUGAUAUUUUAUGUUACUUAAUACCAUUUAAAAGAUGACUCAUACUUUUAACGUCGAGCGAAAGAAUAAAUAGAAUAGCUACCAGUUCUAAACUAUGUAGUAAAAUCCGAAUGACUUACUUAGAGAAGGUUGCUCUGUUAUUUUAUUCAACUUAAGGUAAUAAACUAUAUUUUAUUACUAUUA